AUGAUACGGAAACCAAGAGCUGCGCCAGAUUCUGGUACGGUGGCUGUGGAGGAAAUGAGAACAGGUUCAGCACACAGAAAGAAUGUGAAAAGAUUUGUAUUACAGGUGAGUAAUUAA